AUGUUGCGCAACGCUGCCCUCGCCACCGCGCUGUUCGUCGGCCUCGGGGCUUCCAGUGUCGCACCGACUGCCCAGACCAAGAAUGGCUCAUACGUUGGAAGGUACUCUGCCGAGUAUGACCAGGACUUCUUCCUGGGCGUCCCUUAUGCGCAGCCACCUGUUGGAGACUUGCGCUUCAGGAACCCAGUUGGUUUAAACACCACCUGGGAAGAGGCCAAGCCAGCUACCGAGUAUUCCCCAGAAUGCUAUGGCUAUGGCUCUGAUCAGUGGAACUACCAGGUCUCGGAAGAUUGUCUUUACAUCAACAUCAUUCGCCCGGCAGGAUACACUGAGGAAGACAAACUCCCUGUAGCAUUCUGGAUCCACGGCGGUGGGUUCUACCAAGGAGGCGGUGUUGACCAGCGCUACAACCUCUCCUUCACGGUACAGAACUCGGUAAAUAUUGGCAAGCCUAUUAUUGGCGUUUCUAUCAACUACCGUCUCGGCCCAUGGGGUUUCCUGAGUGGCAGCAAAGAGGUUGCGGAUACCGGUCAUCUCAACCUUGGUCUCCGCGACCAGCGCCUGGCUCUGCACUGGGUUCAGGAGAAUAUCGAGGCGUUUGGAGGUGAUCCUGAACAAGUCACCAUCUAUGGAGAGAGCGCAGGAGGUGCGUCUGUCGGUAUCCACUUGGUCGCAUACGGCGGACGCGAUGAUCAUCUCUUCCGUGCUGCCAUCAUGCAGAGCGGUAGCCCUAUCAACUAUGGAAGUCUUCUGGACCCAGUUGUGAGCUCGGCAGCCAAGUACAAUGAACUCACCCGCCGUACGAAUUGCAACAAUGCUACCAGUCCGCUCGAGUGUCUGCGCCGUCUGCCUACCGAGCAACUCAACGCAGCCAUCAACAUAUCAAGCCCAAUCCUCAACGUCACAGACUUUAGGCCUUCCUUGGACUACGACCUCAUUCAGAAGCCUACUUCUCUCCAACUCGAUGCUGGUGAAUUCGUACAUGUUCCCAUCAUCAUUGGAACCACUUCUGAUGAGGGCGCUUCCUUCAGUCCUUUCCCUGUAAACAGUACCGAGGAUCUGCGCACUUUCAUCAGGGCUACCGGUGUACCCGCCAACCUGACCGAGGAGCUUCUCAUUGCCUAUCCCGACGAUCUUUCAGUUAAUGUGAUUCAAAGCCUGGGAAAUACUAGGCCAGGUCCACCAUUUGGGGCACAGUUCCGCCGCUCCGCAUCCUACUUUGGCGACCAGGCAUUCGUUGCAAACCGUCGUAGGACUUGCGAGGUUUGGGCCGCAGCAGACAUCCCGGCAUACUCGUACCGCUUCAACGCCAUUCCUGCCGGUAUCCCCGCGCCGGUUGGUGUACCGCAUUUCCAGGAAGUAUCCUUUGUAUUUCUCAAUCUCGACGGUGUCGGCUACAAGCCUGCUGCUACGCCACCAUUUGAGAAUAAGACUGAGCCUUACCGAGAACUAGCCCGCUUCAUGAACAGCAACUGGAUCAGCUUCGUCCACGACCUCGACCCCAACGCGUGGAGGGACUCAUUCGAAAGGAACGGCACCGAGGCUGAGUGGCCUGUGUAUGACAACGCCAGCCCCUUGGACUACGUCUUUGACGCAAACGUCUCGAGCUUCGCCGAGCCCGACACGUUCAGGAAGGAAGGCAUGGCGCUGAUCAAUGCCAAUGCCUACAAUGUGUGGCAUAGAUAG